CUCUCCGUGUCUCUGUCUCUACAGAUUCUUCUUCACAAAGUGAAGAAUAAGAAAAGGAAAAAAUCACUAGCAGCCCACAACGUAGAACCUGUCUGGUUUAGACUGUUUAGUCUCUCUCUUUCGAUUUGGUGUAGGAUUGAGUGUACAUCGUUCUUUACAUUUGAUUUUGGUACUGUUGUCCGAAAAUCUUUGCAAAUGCUCUUACAAUUGGCCACACAAUCCAAAUGCUCUCAAACUUUCCCUUCUUACACUCGUUUUUGAAGGAAAAAAAGGUUCUUGUGAUUCAUAUGCAUCUUUCUGGGUAAUUAUUACUGAAAUGUCUUCAAGAUCAUUCAGAGCCGCAGACCCAAAGCCGGCCAAGGCUUCAGUUCCUCCAUCAGUGACUUUUGCUCGGAGGACCUCCUCAGGCCGGUAUGUGAAUUAUUCCUAUAGUGAUUUUGAUAGCGAAAUCGGCAGUGCUGAAUUUGCUAACUACACGGUUCAAAUUCCGGCAACACCUGAUAACCAGCCCAUGGAUCCUUCCAUUUCCCAGAGGGUUGAAGAGCAAUAUGUAUCGAACUCUUUGUUUACUGGCGGGUUUAACAGUGUGACUCGUGCCCAUUUGAUGGAUAAGGUGAUUGAGUCUGAAACUAGCCAUCCCCAGAUGGCUGGUGCAAAAGGGUCAUCUUGCUCGAUACCAGGAUGUGAUGGGAAGGUCAUGAGUGAUGAGAGGGGUGAGGAUAUUCUCCCCUGUGAAUGUGAUUUCAAGAUUUGUAGGGAUUGCUAUGUUGAUGCUGUGAAAACUGGUGAUGGGAUUUGUCCUGGUUGUAAAGAGCCUUAUAAGAAUACAGAUUUGGAUGAGAAGGCGGUGGAGAGUGCACGGCCUUUGCCUUUACCAUCCAACGUUGGGAUGUCAAAGAUGGAGAGGAGGCUGUCUUUGAUGAAGUCCACUAGUAAGUCGGCGUUGGUUAGAAGCCAUUCGCAAUUGAUGAGGAGCCAGACGGGGGAUUUUGAUCAUAACAAAUGGUUGUUUGAAACGAAGGGGACUUAUGGGUAUGGGAAUGCCAUAUGGCCAACGGAUGGAGGACUAGGGGACGAGAGAAAUGAUGGGGAUGGUGAGCCUAGGGAACUUCUCAGUAAGCCAUGGAGGCCACUUACUCGCAAAUUGAAGAUUCCUGCAGCUGUUAUCAGCCCAUAUCGGCUUCUAAUUUUUGUUCGAGUAAUUGUUCUCGGGCUAUUUCUUCAAUGGAGGAUCAGUAACCCGAAUAAUGAUGCAAGAUGGCUUUGGUUAAUGUCUGUUAUCUGCGAGAUUUGGUUUGCCUUCUCUUGGUUACUUGACCAGCUUCCCAAAUUCUGCCCUGUUAAUCGUGCUACUGACCUUGAUGUUUUGAAAGAAAAGUUUGAGACACCUGGCCCCCACAACCCCACUGGAAAAUCAGAUCUCCCAGGCAUAGACAUCUUUGUUUCUACCGCUGAUCCAGAGAAAGAGCCACCCCUUGUUACGGCAAACACCAUUCUGUCAAUUCUGGCUGCUGAUUACCCUGUGGAAAAACUUUCUUGCUAUGUUUCGGAUGAUGGAGGUGCCCUACUAACCUUUGAGGCAAUGGCAGAAGCUGCAAGUUUUGCCAACUUGUGGGUCCCAUUUUGCCGCAAACAUGAUAUUGAGCCAAGGAACCCAGAAUCUUAUUUCAGUUUAAAGAGAGAUCCUUAUAAGAAUAAGGUGCGUCCAGAUUUUGUCAGGGAUCGUAGACGGGCCAAGCGUGAGUAUGAUGAAUUCAAGGUUCGAAUCAAUGGCCUUCCUGAUUCAAUUCGCCGUCGUUCCGAUGCCUACAAUGCUCGAGAGGAAAUCAAGGCUAUGAAACUUCAAAGGGAGAAAGCAGGGGAUGAAUUAUUGGAACCUAUCAAGAUUUCUAAAGCCACGUGGAUGGCUGAUGGAACUCAUUGGCCUGGCACUUGGAUAGUUUCAUCUCCUGAGCACUCUAGGGGUGAUCAUGCAGGAAUCAUACAAGUGAUGUUGAAACCUCCAAGUGAUGAAUCACUGCAUGGCACAGAUGCUGACACAAAUGCUAUUAAUCUAACAGAAGUCGACAUACGACUUCCUAUGCUGGUCUAUGUAUCUCGUGAAAAGCGCCCUGGCUAUGAUCACAAUAAAAAGGCUGGGGCCAUGAAUGCUUUGGUUCGAGCCUCAGCCAUCAUGUCCAAUGGCCCCUUCAUUCUUAACCUUGACUGUGACCACUACAUUUACUACUCGCAGGCAAUAAGGGAAGGCAUGUGUUUUAUGAUGGAUCGCGGUGGGGACCGCAUUUGUUAUGUCCAGUUUCCUCAGAGGUUUGAGGGGAUUGAUCCGUCCGAUCGCUAUGCGAAUAACAACACAGUGUUCUUUGAUGUCAACAUGCGUGCCCUUGAUGGGCUUCAGGGUCCAGUCUAUGUUGGUACUGGAUGCCUUUUCCGGAGAAUGGCCAUUUAUGGUUUUGACCCACCACGAAUAAAAGAAUACCACCCUGGUUGCUGCAGCUGUUGCUUUCCUCGUCUCAAAAGUAGUGCAACUGUUGCUUCUGCCCCUGAGGAGAACAGAGCACUUAGAAUGGGAGAUUAUGAUGAUGAGGAAAUGAACCUUUCUCUGUUUCCUAAGAAGUUUGGAAAUUCAAGUUUCCUUAUUGAUUCUAUCCCAGUUGCUGAGUUUCAAGGCCGACCUAUUGCUGAUCACCCCUCCGUAAAGAAUGGACGACCUCCUGGUGCUCUGACUAUUCCACGGGAGCUUCUUGAUGCAUCUACUGUUGCUGAAGCAAUCAGUGUCAUCUCAUGUUGGUAUGAAGAUAAAACUGAAUGGGGCAAUCGAGUUGGAUGGAUUUAUGGUUCAGUAACUGAAGAUGUGGUGACAGGAUAUAGGAUGCACAAUCGGGGAUGGAGAUCUAUUUAUUGUGUGACCAAGAGAGAUGCUUUUCGUGGGACUGCACCAAUCAAUCUGACUGAUAGGCUCCACCAGGUCCUUCGGUGGGCCACAGGUUCUGUUGAGAUAUUCUUUUCUCGCAACAAUGCUAUUCUUGCCGGUCCUAAGAUGAAAAUUUUGCAGAGAAUUGCCUACCUCAAUGUUGGUAUUUACCCCUUCACUUCAUUUUUCCUCAUUGUCUACUGCUUCCUCCCAGCGCUCUCCCUCUUCUCUGGUCAGUUUAUUGUCCAGACUCUCAAUGUCACAUUCCUUACAUACCUACUGGCCAUCACCUUAACUCUUUGCGCACUUGCUGUGCUUGAGAUCAAAUGGUCUGGUAUCUCACUGGAAGAGUGGUGGCGAAAUGAACAAUUCUGGUUGAUAGGAGGCACAAGUGCCCAUCUUGCUGCUGUGCUUCAGGGCCUACUUAAGGUGAUUGCUGGGAUUGAAAUCUCAUUUACCCUGACAUCAAAAUCUGCUGGUGAUGAAAAUGAUGAUGAAUUUGCUGAUCUCUAUAUCAUCAAAUGGACAUCCCUGAUGAUACCACCAAUUACAAUCAUGUUAGUUAACUUGAUUGCCAUAGCAGUUGGUGUUAGCCGUACAAUAUACAGCGCUAUACCACAGUGGAGCCGCUUGUUAGGAGGGGUGUUCUUCAGCUUCUGGGUCCUUACUCAUCUCUACCCCUUUGCAAAAGGGCUUAUGGGAAGGAGAGGAAGGACACCAACAAUUGUGUUUGUUUGGUCAGGACUUAUUGCAAUUACUAUUUCCCUCCUCUGGGUCGCAAUUAAUCCCCCGGCUGGUAGUAGUGAAAUUGGAGGUUCUUUCCAGUUCCCCUGAUCUUUCGUGCUCUAGUUGCUGGUACUCACAUUCUUCGUCAUCCACAUUGUUUUUUCGACAGCAAUUUGUAAGAAAGUAGAGGAGGGCAUUCGAGAUGGAUUCAUUGUCACUAUGUGCUUGAGCUUUGGACUCUAGAUGUUUAUUGCAAAUUGUGUUACAUUCUUUGUAAUUAAGACAACUGGGAAGUUAUUAAAGCUGAUUUUUUUUCUUCUUAUUUUUGGUGCCGGUAUUAGUUUUUGUAGCUCGUCAUUUUCUGUCAUCUGUUGGAAAUAUUGACAUUGCAGCAAGUCCUAUCAGUUGCAUUUACAGUGAAACAAGACUAUUC